AUGGCGAAAACCGAAAAGGAGGUGGAGGGGCAGAGUGACUCUGUGGACACUAACAACAACACGGGAAAAACUCAGAAUGAUUCCUCGAGUAACAGUCCCACAGCAGCUUCCGGAGGCAAGUACCAGCUGCGGCCUCGGUCCCUCCAGGCGCGGCGCCACUCUGACAGCGAGUGGAGCCUGCAGGACACGCUGCGCCACAAGCCGAGGCCGCAGCCGCUGUCCCGCUACCGCCGGAAGACGGCUAACGCGAGGGAAAGGUACCGCAUGCGGCAGAUCAACACAGCCUUCGAGAGCCUGCGGGGCGUGCUGCCCUCCUGGGUGUGCAGCCGCCGCGCCGCAGCGGACAUGACCAAGAUCGCCACGCUGCGGCUCGCCUCAGCCUAUAUCAGGUCGCUGCAAGAUAUCCUGGACGGCAACGCCCCCGAGGACACCUGCACCUGGGUCAUCUCCAGCAUCCUGGGUGAGGACUCUGCCUCUCAAGAAUCGAAGACAAAAUUCCAGUUCCAAGAAUACCAACCCAAUCUGAAAGUAAGUGGUCCCGAUAAGAUCCAGCACACGGCAAGCGACUCACAACAAGAUCCUGAUUUGGUGUCCCUGCUGUGCACCUCCUCGGACACGGGAGUCUUCCAAGAUAACCUCGAAACGUUCUCGUACCUGACGCCGAUGUCUGAAUCGGAGGCAGUCGCUCUCCUGCUAGGGAGCGACUCGAAUCGAGGGUGGAGCGACGUCCACCACACGCCCGUGGUGUCCUGA